CUUUCUUUUUUCUUUGAUUCGAGUUUCUGAUUCUCGAAUCCCUACUUCUCCUCCCUCACAUUUCUCCCAUGGCUUUACCGCAGUUAUUACAUUCCACUUCUCCUUCUUCUUCGGUAAUCUCUCACAAACCCUACUUAAAUCCUGCUUCAACCCCUACGCUCGAGUUUAACAAGCCUUUCUCCGCUUCCUACGCCCUCCAUUGCCGCCGUCAGCGGCGGCGCAGCCUCAGUUCUCUCCGCUGCUCGGCGUCGUCCUUCUCCGAGAAGCACCACACCGGCUCUCCCAAAUCGGAUGACGUAGUUGAGCUCCCGCUUUUCCCGCUGCCGUUAGUGCUCUUCCCCGGCGCAAUCCUCCCGCUUCAGAUCUUCGAGUUCCGGUACCGAAUCAUGAUGCACACUCUGCUCCAGACUGAUCUCCGAUUCGGCGUCAUUUACUCCGACAGCACGACCGGCGCCGCCGAGGUGGGGUGCGUCGGGGAGGUGGUGAAGCACGAGCGCCUCGUCGACGACCGUUUCUUCCUAAUCUGCAAAGGUCAGGAGCGGUUCCGAGUCACGAAGCUGGUCCGGACUAAGCCGUACCUGGUAGCGGAGGUCACGUGGCUGGAGGACCGACCACGUGACGGAGGAGAUGAGGAUCUCGAAUCGCUGGCCUCCGAAGUGGAAACGUAUAUGAAAGACGUGAUUCGAUUAUCCAACAGACUCAACGGCAAGCCGGAAAAGGAGGCGCAAGAUCUGCGGCGGAACCUUUUCCCCACGCCGUUCUCGUUCUUCGUGGGAAGCACGUUCGAAGGCGCGCCGAGAGAACAGCAGGCGCUGCUGGAGCUGGAAGACACGGCCAUGCGGCUAAAAAGGGAGAAGGAGACAUUGCGGAACACUUUGAAUUACUUGUCAGCCGCCUCUGCUGUCAAAGAUGUGUUCCCAUCUUCAUGAGUUUUGGUUGGCGCCACAGGUAUUAUAAGUGUUGCUGUAAUGUAUACCACUGAAUCAGAAUCAUUCUAUGAACUUGUAAAUUUUGAUGGCUAAUAGAUAUGGUUGCUUUAAUUCCAUCCCAAGUCUUUAAUGAUCAAAAACAAGAAAAGUUCACAACGUUUCCAACAUUCUUAGUGAUCAAAAAAAUACAAUGCUAUUGCAGAUUGAA